AGAGCGGGUACUGUGAACUGCGUUACAAUGCUACUGCCCUAAUAACCGCACACUCGGAAGCCAAACGUGCUACACAGAUUGACCUUAUCUUGUUUACAAAGAUAACUGAACAGACUGCUACGUAGAAAGACUCAUGAGUUGGCUGUGUGGAUUUCAGAGACAUUAUGGAUUUGACUAAAAUGGGUAUGAUCCAGCUCCAGAAUCCCAAUCACCCCAAUGCCCUGCUGCACAAGGCGAAUCAAAUGCGCCUGGCUGGCACGCUGUGCGACGUGGUCAUCAUGGUGGACAGCCAGGAGUUCCAUGCACACCGGACGGUGCUGGCCUGCACCAGCAAGAUGUUUGAGAUCCUCUUUCACCGAAACAGCCAACAUUACACUCUGGACUUUCUCUCUCCAAAGACCUUCCAGCAGAUUCUGGAGUAUGCCUACACUGCCACGCUCCAAGCUAAAGUGGAGGAUCUGGAUGACCUGCUGUACGCAGCAGAGAUAUUAGAAAUAGAGUACUUGGAGGAACAAUGCCUGAAGAUACUGGAGACCAUCCAGUCCUCUGACGAAAAUGACACGGAGGUUAACAUGAACGAUGGUGGCACAGAAGACGAUGAUGAGCGCAAGGGAAGGCACGGGAGAAACCAAGCAGGUUCGAAAAAGCAUUCCAUGGAAGAGGGCAGCUACAUAUUGGCUGCCCAGCAAGCACUGGCACUGCCCGGAAUGGUGGAUCAGAGUCCAUCUGUCUCCACCUCUUUCAGCCUCUCCACCAUGAGCCCAACCAAAGCAGCCGUGGACAGCCUAAUGAGCAUUGGCCAAUCCCUCCUGCAGAGCGGCUUGCACCCUGGUUUGGGCUCUGAACAUCCCCAACAUGGCAAUUCGCACCCCAUGAUGGGAGAGAUCAAGACGGAGAUGAUGCAAGUAGAUGAUCAUGCAGACCACGAGAACCCCAACACAAUGGAGCCCAACGCCUCCAGCAAUGGAGAGCGCAGCGGAGAACCUGACAAGAACCGUGACGGGCCUGGCACCCCUACCAGGAGCAGUGUGAUCACCAGUGCCCGCGAGCUCCAUUACGUCAGGGAUGAAGGUGUGGGGGACCAGCAGGCAGAGGUCAGCCAGAUGGGGCUGGAGGCCAUGGCAGGGAUGACUGAGAAACACUUGGCAUCACUGUACGGCUUGCCCACCAACCAUAAGAAUGAAGCGAUGCUCUCUAUGCCAGCUUCUAUGGCCUCGACUUUACACAUGUCCCCAGCCCUGGCCAUGUCCAUGGACUUCAGUGCCUAUGGGGGCUUGCUGCCUCAGAGCUUCAUCCAGAGGGAGUUCUUCAGCAAGCUUGGUGAGCUAGCUGCUGGAAUGAAGCCUGACGGCCGCAACCAAAACGAACGCUGCAACGUGUGCGGUGCUGAACUGCCUGACAAUGAGGCCAUAGAGCAACACAGGAAGCUACACAGUGGAAUGAAGACCUACGGGUGCGAGCUUUGUGGCAAACGCUUCCUAGACAGUCUGCGCCUGAGGAUGCACUUGUUGUCUCAUUCAGCUGGUGAGAAAGCCAUCGUCUGUGACCAGUGUGGAGCUCAGUUUCAGAAGGAAGACGCUCUAGAGGCCCACCGACAGAUCCACACAGGAUCAGAUAUGGCCAUCUUCUGUUUGCUCUGCGGGAAGCGAUUCCAGACACAGACGGCUCUGCAGCAGCAUAUGGAGGUUCACGCAGGCGUUCGCAGCUACAUCUGCAGCGAGUGCAACCGCACGUUCCCCAGCCACACCGCACUCAAACGCCAUCUCCGCUCACAUACAGCAGGUGACCACCCGUUUGAAUGCGAGUUCUGCGGCAGCUGCUUCCGAGACGAGAGCACACUGAAGGGACAUAAGCGCAUCCACACCGGAGAGAAGCCCUAUGAAUGUAACGGCUGUGGCAAGAAGUUUAGCCUCAAACACCAGCUCGAGACCCACUACCGUGUCCAUACAGGUGAGAAGCCAUUUGAGUGCAAGCUUUGCCACCAGCGCUCCAGGGACUACUCGGCCAUGAUCAAACACCUGCGCACCCACAAUGGUGCCUCGCCGUACCAGUGCACCAUCUGCCUGGAGUAUUGUCCCAGCCUCUCUGCCAUGCAGAAGCACAUGAAGGGUCACAAGCCCGAAGACAUCCCUCCAGACUGGAGAAUAGAGAAAACUUACCUGUACCUCUGCUAUGUCUGAGGAUGGGUAGGGCACAGGAGGGGAGGGGGAGUGGGUGGGAAGGAAUCACAGUCAGCUUGUCACUGCGGAGGAAAUGGACAGAGAAGGCAAAUAGGCACGUUUGUCACAGGGGCUGGGCAAGACAGAAUGGGAAAGGAUGGAAUAUAAAAAAGGCAGAACGUUAAAAACAAAAUCUUACCCCGUCAGUAUCGCAGUAUCUCAGCAUUGUGUUAUAGAUGUUCAUCUGUUCAUAGUAUAGUUCAUAUGGGAAAUUUGCUCUAUACAUCAGUCGUCAGCUUAUGUCCCAGGCAAGUAAAGGGAUAGUUCACGCAAAAAUAAAAAUUCUGUUGUCACUGACUCACCCUCAUGUUGUUUCAAACCUGUAAGACUUUAUUUCUUCCAUGGAACACAAAAGGAGAUGUUAGGCAGAAUGCUAGUCUCAGUCACUAUUCACUUUCAUUGCAUUUUUUUUUCCAUACAAUGAAAGUGAAGGGUGACUGAGGCUGUCAGGCCCUAACAUUCUGCCUAACAUCUCCUUUUGUGUUGAAAGACAGGAAGAGAAAGAAAUAAAGAAAGUCAUAUGGGUUUGGAACAACAUAAGGGUGAAUAAAUGACGAAAAGAUUUUCAUUUUUGCAUGAAUUAUCCCUUUAAAUAUCCAAAUAUGCCUUUAUAUCAGUCAUAUAACUCUAACAUCAACACAUUUCAACAAUAUUUCAACCUUUGACUCACUCUAAAAAGACGCACUCUACUGGUACAUAAUAGUAUAACUGUCUUCCACUGUAAAUGAGACAUUGUACCCUCUCCUUGUUUAUCUCUGAUAGCUGAUCUUCUUUUAUCAGAGUAAUUGCAACAGUGGAGUCGGUGCACAAAGCACUUAGAUCUGUCAGUAAUGAUGCACCAGUCAUGUACACAACAGCAAAUAUGGACUGUCAUGUUCAUCAGAGUCAUUACUGCAAUUACUGCAAACUGGGACAUAAGCUUCACACAAAACACAAUCAUAAUGCCUGGCUGACACUUGGUGGGUAGAUCCCUCCCAUCUCCCAUAUGAUUCACAUCAUUAAAGGCUUAUUGGUUUAACCAGCAUACAAAUCAGCUAAGCUCUCAAUACUCUGCUCAUCAAUGUCUUCAUUUUUAUUUUAUUUUUUUAAUGCUUAAUCUUUGGUUCCUUGGCCUAGUCACAUAGCUUCAUACUGCAUAUUACAAGCUCACGAUGACAGUUUUUGUUUGAUGUUUCCUUUCAAGUUUAUAUUGAUCAAAAUAAUCCGUUUAUGCACAGUGUACAUGUUUGUUUUUCGCUCUUCACUUAUCUCAUGUUUAAGUCCAUGUCUGGUCUGAAAAUCAGUUCAACACAUAGUAAUCAUUACGGUUUGAAGCGAGUAACUUGGCAAUACAUACAGAACAUCCAUUUCACACUAGACAUCGAAUCAACUGUUUGUGUUGUUGUUAUAGAGACCAAAAUGAUGACUAAAGCUGCUUUUGUCAGUGGCUUGGAGACAGAAUGGCAAUGACAUACAGGGCUCGUCCGCACAUAUCUGAAUGUUCAGUGAUUCGAGGCUUGGUCUGUCCAUGAGAGAACCGAACAGAUCAACUCUUUGGUUUUGUUCCUGUGCUUUGUCUGUGUUUCCUAUUAUACCUUGAUUAACUUCAGCACAUUGUACUUGAAUUACCUCAUUUUUUGUGACCUCGUGCUAGUGGUUUAAUUUUUUCUUUGUUUUUUCUUGUUUUAUAUUUGAUUCGUUUGCUUGUGUUCGUCUAAGUGCAGUGUCAAGCAGCGGAGAUUUAAAAAGCAGCGUGUACUUAAGGACUUAAGAAAUUAAGUGCCAUGGUGAAGAGAGAUGAUUUGUCUUUUGUUAACAUUGUUUGUGUUUUAAUCUUACCAAACUUGGUAUUAUGUUUUUGUUUUGUUUUUACGUUCGUUUUUUACUAACCCUGCUUGUUGAAGAGCUUGUGGGUUUGAUCAUUUUUGUAAGCUACCUCUAAGUUUUUUUUGUUGUUUUGCAAAAGCACAUUCAUUUGUGUUUGCAUUAUUGCAUCUUCAUCUCACACUUUCAAGUGUUGUCUGUUCAAAUUUGUAAGCGACAAGCAUGAAAGGGUAAGAUACGUGAGAACUGGUUAUAGGAAAAGUGUUAAAAAAAAAAAAAAAAAAAAACUUUCCCUAUCAGUCCCCCCUGACCCCUGUAAACUUUACCUUAAGAGCAGACAAGAGAUUUUUGAAGCCUUAAGUUUGGGGUAGGAGUUGAAUUGGGAGGUGUGUGCAUGUUACAGGUGAAUUGUAGUACUUUAAAGUUUGGGGUAAAAAAAAACAUUAAACUUGAAAAUAUGUGCAUAGAAUUGUAGUUUUGUAAUGUGAAAAAAGAAGAUUCGCAGAGCGUGAACCGCCAAGAACAGGUCAUAUGCAGCAGUGCAUUGUUGUGCGUUGGACAAUUGGGACUGCAAGUAGUAAUCAAAGCCGAAAGGAAGAAAAAAACAAAUCCUGUCAGUUGACAUGUUUCUUUAUAUGAGUGUAGUCCUGAGCAAGAGCCAGCAGAGGCCAUUUGAUAUAUAAAAUUGUGAUAUUUUUGUAUUCAAUGUCAGUCCCUUUUUCCAUUUGUUGAGGUUUCAGCGGGGCAAAACUUUGUAGUUUUUUUUUUUUUUUACAUCAUUAUUCUCUCGUUUGAAUCAUUUGCCUUUGCUCCUCUUCGGUAAUGGUGGACAGUGUGUGAUCCUAUAGUGAUAAAUGUUGCAUUCUGGAUGUCAAUACAUUGCAGGUGAAGGACUAAAUCAGCCACAUACUCCUUUUGUGAAAAUAACAAGAAAAAAAUGAUGUGAUGCCAAUGACGAUUGCAUUGCACACAAUAUCUCAAACAAUCAUGUUGCCAACUUUUUGUUUUUGUACUUGAAGUGACUAAAAAAAGAAGGGAUGGGGAGAUGCAUCAAAGGAAAAUGUAAUUGUUGUGUGUCUUGCCAUUGUUUUCUGGAAAACACUGUGAGUUUGGGGACAUUUCAUAUCCCUGUGAGAAUUAAAAACAAGUAGCGCCACGAUUAAGGCCGAAAUAUAUAUUUUCUGUGAAUGGCUAACGUCAACUGAUAUUAAAUGGGUAAAACAGAGUUUGCAAUAUGUGGCAACAAUACAAGAUAUUACAUCACCUACCAAUGUCAUUGUUCUCAAAAAAUCAGUUUUACUUUUUUAUUUUUUAGUGUGUGUGUAUGUGAGAGCACAUUAGUGUCAAAUGCACUAAUCCGAAAGUAAUGUUCCUUGCCACUUUUCUCUCAUGGUGAUUAAAAAAUAUUGGCAUUGAUGUAGUUCUUCCCUCAAUGAUCCUAUGACGUUUCUGUAAUAUCGUUGUGCCUAAAUGAACCUGUUGUUCAACAGAUUGUCCACAUAUAUCUGCUUAGUUUCUGUAUUUUCAAAUGAUUAUUGGUGUCUUCAGGGCUCCAGGGAUGCCAUGAUGAUCUCAGAAUUGGAAAAGAGUAUCCUCACUUAAAGACUUGAAGUGCUUGACAAGGGACUGAGCCAAGUGAAAGUGAAGUUGUUUUUUUAUUAUUAUUAUUAUUAAUUGCCAUUUGGUAUUUUUCAGUGGUUCCACUGGCAACUGAUCAAAUGCUGAAGUCCUGUAGUGUUUUAUACACAAUUCAAGAAGAAAAGUUACGUAAACAAGCUAAACAUUCCUUGGACUGGAAUAUGUGCAUUUUUUACAAUGAAUAUCCUGCUUUGAAGGACAAAAAAAAUCACGUUUGAGAAUCAAACUUUCUUUAACUACUAUGUUUUUCCACCUCAGCAACGGGUUUGCUGAUUAAACCUUUUAACAACAUCUCUUUAACGUUCUGUUGGAUGUUGAUGCGAUGUUACUGCCCCUACUCGACAUGUUUAUUUGUUGGUUAAAGUACUUAUUUUAAGGAAACAGUAAGCCAAGUGUCAUCAUUGCAUCCCUGGAGUUGGCUCACUGUGUUCCAGUGUGGUGUUCUAUAGAAAGAGUAGCCAUUUCAUGCUGUGUUGCUAUGCAUGUGCCAUUGAGGUCAAAACUAAACUGUUUGAGUAACAAAGCACCAAGACGUUGUCUUUUUAUAUAUAUAUAUAUAUAUUAGCACUGAGGACCAAUUGCCCUGAUGGACCAAGCGUUACAAAGCUUUUUAUGUAACAAAGCAGUUUCUCUCUCUCUAGCUCUUUUCUCCCUUUUUUCAUUCUCUCUCUGCCCACCCUCUUUUUUUCUAUUCUCUCUCUGUACUGUAUCUCCCUCUUCUCUGGCUUGUCUGUGAUUUAUUUUAAUUUUUUUUCUUGUGACAGCACAAGUGCCAGUCCAGUUGCUCUUUAAAAAAAAUAGUGUUUUGUUUGUGGGGUUUUUAUUUUCAUUGUUAUUAUUAUUAUUUGAAUUGUUAUAGUUACGUCUACCUCAGCACCAAAUCUUAGCCUAAUCUUAGAAGGUGCCCAAUUAUUAUUUUUAUUUCUUUCUGUUUGUUGACAAUUGUAAAAAAAAAAAAAAAAAAAAAAAAAACAUUAAUUUGCAGUAGAGCUUUGCAAAGGUCCUUUGUCUUUUCCAGCAACAUGCUAUUUUAUUUGUAGCACAUUCUGGGUGUCGUGCUACAGAUAUUGGCAUCAGUUUCCUGAUGUAGUCUUUCUUUCGGUGUAGGAUCGUACACAUCUCUUUGUAACAUUUCAGUGUUCUCUGAUGGAGUGUGAAAAAAUAAAGAAUUUAAAGAGAUUGAAUGCUGCAGGUUUUCUUCUCAGUGUUGUCACUAUGUAAAUUUUGUGCCUUUAAUAGUGAAAUAUAUUUUUUACAUCCUACUAACAGUAGAUUGUUUUUUGUAGUGAUUUGAUUUUUCUUUUGUAUUUUUUCUUUUAUUUUUAUUUAUGAGUCUCAAAAUAACAAUGUUCAGUUGUAUUCCUAAAAUCUGCAGUUAGAAAAAAAAAAUAAAAAAUGGACUUAAG